CAUUUACAGAAACAUCAACUGAAUUCCCAUCUCUAGAAAAAAUAGACUUUACCAAAUUCAUGGAAGGAAUAAAAUUCAACAAACAAAACUGGCCAAAAUUCUAUAGAAUAUUCAUGAGAAACAUCCAAAGUUAUAUACCAAAAGAAUUACUAACAACAGGAUUCUUUGCUAGAAGCAAACACACUGGAUAUCAAAGAAUAGAUAACAUGGCAACAAUAAUAGCUGACCCUGCUAAUAAUGCCCUACAUAGAGAACAAUACAACGUUGUGUACAUGAAACAACUAUGGUGA